AUCGAUUCGUCAACGCGUGGGAAAAGAAAUCGGUUUGUCUGUCGCAAUUGUGAAAAUUGAAAUAAACUUUAAAUUAAAUUGUUGGUGAAUUUGCAAAUUGAGUGAUAGUCACACUGUGAGCGGCGCAUUCAGUUUUAGAAACCCUGCGUUGUAAUCUCUCUUGGCGGUUUGAUAAGAAAAACCCAGCUUCAGUUAUUUUCUUUAAGCUCUUGUUAAGCAAACAAAAAAAAACAACACAUCAAAAUGUCAACAGUCGACAAAGAGGAAUUGGUUCAAAAGGCAAAAUUGGCCGAACAAUCUGAAAGAUACGAUGACAUGGCCCAGGCUAUGAAAUCAGUCACAGAAACAGGUGUUGAACUGUCAAAUGAAGAAAGAAAUUUACUCUCCGUUGCAUACAAAAAUGUUGUUGGUGCCCGCCGAUCAUCAUGGAGAGUUAUUUCAUCGAUCGAACAAAAAACUGAAUCCUCCGCCAGAAAACAACAGCUCGCCCGCGAGUACAGAGAGCGCGUGGAGAAGGAACUGAGGGAAAUUUGUUACGAAGUUUUGGGUCUUCUCGACAAACACCUUAUUCCAAAAGCCAGCAAUCCAGAAAGCAAGGUUUUCUACCUGAAAAUGAAGGGAGAUUAUUACAGGUAUUUAGCUGAGGUGGCCACAGGAGACGCACGCAACAGCGUGGUUGAGGAUUCGAAAAAGGCCUAUCAGGAGGCAUUCGAUAUUGCUAAAGGCAAAAUGCAGCCAACACAUCCGAUACGUUUAGGCCUCGCCCUCAACUUUUCCGUAUUCUAUUAUGAAAUUAUCAAUUCGCCGGCGCGGGCUUGCCACUUGGCCAAACAGGCGUUCGAUGACGCGAUAGCCGAACUGGAUACACUCAACGAGGACUCAUACAAAGACUCAACGCUGAUUAUGCAAUUGUUGAGAGACAACUUGACCCUCUGGACGUCGGACACGCAAGGGGAUGGCGAUGAACCACAGGAGGGUGGUGACAACUAACCAAACUAAAUUGUUUCCUUUUGACUAUGCAAAUAUAAUAAUUAAAAAAAUAAAAAACAAAAACAAAACAAAUACAACAACAGCAAGAGAGAAGUACAGAAA